AGUCAGUCAUAGUGUCCCUCCCCUACCACUCCGUGCGCCGUCAGUCACACGAGGUGCCGUCUGUUUGCUCGACAGCCACUGAGUACAUUUGGCAAACCAACCAACUCACGUGCGUACGUUGCAAAAGAUGACCCAGCCCAACAAACUCUGCGCCUCUGCUAAAAACCGAUAGCAGUCAGUCACCACUAGCGUGCCCGCAUGACCCCACUCAGCAGCAGAUAUAUCACAGUCAAGUAGGGACGACACAUAUCCGCGUCGUGAGGCGACGACCGAAACCCCCACACACACAACUAUUUAGCAAAGAAUCUCUGCAGCCCAGCGACUCUCUCCCUGGUUGCUGGAGUGUCAUCAUGGUCCUUUCCCCCAUGCUCCUUGUCCCCACUGGCCCCGCUCUUCUGAGACAUGGCCUCCUCGCUGUCCUCAGGCAAGGUGGGAAGAGACUUUCGUCCUGACGUUCUCAAGGACCGAUUCGGCGACUGCAGCCCGAGCGAGCCCCCGCCCCCUCCCCCACCAGCACCGUGCUGUGCUUUGUGGUGGCUCUCUGCUUUCUUCCUGAUGCUUUCGAGGAUGGAGUUGUGCUGGUCGUCCUGCUCCUUCUUGCUCAUCUUGAGCUGGGAUUCCAGCCCGUGGGCAGGUGUCCGUCUGGAGGUGCCGGGGGUAUUUGUGGCGCUAGAGGGGUUGCUGCUCGACGGCGACUGCUGGCUGCGGGGGGUGCGGGUCUCGAGCUUGGGGGACACGACACGGAACUUCUUGCUCUCCUGACAUAGGCUCGACCACUGCCAGUACGACUCGUUCUGGCGGGCCUGUCUGAGGACAUCCUGGUCGAUCCGCGGACAGCUGCAUGUGUUGCGAACAGAGAAGGGAGAGAUGCGUGUGUGCCCCGGCUGGCGUCUGUGAAGUGCUUGCAGUGUAGGGCGUACUCGAGAACGUCGGCGAAUGCCGUGUACCUGCAGGUGAAGGAGUGCAUCAAGGAGAGGGGACCCAUGCAAAUAAGCAUCUUGGGUUACGUAUGUGUCUCUAUGUCUCUUGCUUACAUCGGUAUGCAGAUGCAGUUGAUGAAGUCCACUUGAGACUUCUCGAACACCAAUGUGUCGCGGUCACAGAGAGGGCUCACCGGCAGACCCUCUGCCUUCUCACAGUCACCCUGACAGACAUACGCACAUCCACACACACACGCACAAGCCAGCUCCCCCGUGUCUCAGCCAGCAUCGCCUCUCUGCAGAUGCACCCACCUGUUUGAAGAACUCCUCGAUAAUAGCCCGACUCCACUUCUCGUGAAGUUCCCUUGGCUUGCCGGCAUGGCCCAGGUCGGCACACUUGAGCAUCAUCUUGUACAGCUGAAAUCGGUCCUCCCAAUUCCGCAGCAGCUCCGCCCUGGCGCCAGAAUCGUUGGGGCCUCUUCCGCCUUGCCGACAAGGGGAGUCAUCCGCGAGUAAGGUGGAGGAUCUCGAUGAGAGGAACUUGGCAAAGUGUGCCCUGAAGGUGGCGACGAACUCAAAAUGGCGCUUCAUGUCCGUCUCCAGGAUCAUCUCUACCACGAUCAACCUGUGUGGAGCAAAGACGUGAGAAGGUGGAAAUCGUCCAACGCUCGGGCUCAGCUCACCUUGCUGUUCUGUACUCGUCCUUCUGCAGCCGGUCGAGGGCGUUGCAGUCGGCCUCUUUCAUCACCUCAAACGUGGUCGCUGGAGGAAACAGGGGAUAUAUAUGAGGACAUUCGAGAAACGUGAAGCACGUGAGUGACUCCCCUCUUCCGUCUCAGACACAAACCGACCAGCGUGAUAGUUUUCCAGGACGGAUUUGUCGUUGUAGCGCACAGCCAGGGCCUGCUGACUACUCACCUGCGCACACACCCGGGUGUGGUGGAUCAAUCCGUCCCACUGUCGCUCUCUCCCUCUUUGGUCUUCUGACCGCACGCACCAUAUAUGCGUUAUUCUUCCCUGGGUGUCCCACGUCAUGACACGCGCAGGCGAGCACGAAUGCGACCAUCUCGAGCGGCUGAAUCAACUCCAACCAAUCUGGCAGAUACAUCCAUGACAAUGUUUACGGCAUGCCACGGGAGGGAAUGAAGUCUGAUCUCUCCCACCCACUUGCGGCGAGAGCAAAAUAGAAGGCCGAGUUGGUGACGUCAGCGGCGUGCAGGGCGUUGUGAUACGCAUUGGAGGGCACGUAGAGGGACUCGAUCUUGGACACCAAUCGGGUGAAUUUUCUUCGAUCCAGACCCAAGUGUGUGAUCAUGUCAUACCUGCACACACACGAGACCAGACCCAGGCACGCGCCACACCCACCACAGAUUGAAAUUUGAAAUGAGGCCUGUCUCGCCGAUGCGAUGAUGAUACAACACACCCGAAUGAAUGCAUACCGUUGGUUGAUGCCCAUGACGAUGGUCGAUAGCGGAUGGUGUCUCGACGCCACGUCGAGAUCGAACACGUCAAGUGCCCACACACCAAUGACGUUCUCCGACGCCAUGAGCUUCUGAAUUUCAAUGCCCGUCUGCAGGCCAACACCCAGCAGGGUGCGGUCCAUUAGCCUGCAUUGAUUGAACAAACACAGCCUUCAAAUGAACCAUGCCCCACUUCCCCUGUCGUGUCUCAGUCACCCCACCCAGGACUAUGCACCACUCUCGCAGCGGGCUUCUGGCCAGAUGUAAGGUCCUCGACAUAGCGCCGCACAUCGCUCUUGCCCUGCCCUUCGUUUGAUGACGAGUCGGAGAAACACAUGGAGGAAAGGUCAAGCUGGAAGAGGGUCUUGGCGCCCUUGUCUACCGCCGUCCGUGCAUAUUUGACCACUGAUAGCACUUCGCUAUUUCGCUCGUACCGCCUCUCCAGCACGGAAAGCUUCUCGAGUAGCAUUUCCAGGGCAGUCCGCAUCACAGUGGUGGGCGACCGGUCUGUCGGAUUGUCCAGAAACUCGAGGGAAGCCGUGCCUUCGAUGGGGAGGUAGCUGAAGGUCUGUCGAGCUGUGUAAUCUUGUACGUAUGCGUUGUAGACGGCGAUGAGGCCUCCAACAAUGACCAGCACGUCUCCAGUCAGAUCCCGCUCCGCCGAUGGCCAGACUCUCAAAAGAAGGCUAUUUGCAGUGGCAAAUGGCAGCAUGAGGGCCGGUCCAGGGGCGAGAAGCGACAUGAGAAGCUCUCCAAAGAAGGGCACCAUCCACGUGUCGAGUGAUGGGAAGGGCUUGCUCGCUUGAAGCGUCAGAGCAGCCAUGAUGACCAGCUGCAAGCUGAAGCACGUUACCACCGUGAUCUGCCGUGAACCGAGCCCCAGCCGACCAGUGGCGAGAGCAGCAGACCCCAUGAGACACAAAAUGCCACCAAGAAUGAGAAAGGGCGAGACAAAGCCAUUCAUAGUCUGCCCUUCAGCUGAGGAUGAGCAUGCUUUCACUGCCGUCUGUGUCGAGGGCUCGCCUGCAUCGAGGUCAGUCGUCGGCGUCGCACUGCACGUUGCUGACACGGGGUCUUCUGCGCCUUCCGAGAAGUACAACAGGGCGGCCGCCCCGAGGAAAAGAAAGGCAAGCAGCAGCCCGAGCAAGCGAAAACGGUAAAUCGUGACCCUCGCCCUCGCAGAAAAGAAGGCGGCGAGAUGCUCUUCGGGGAGAAGGUCUUGCAGCCUGAUUGCUGAGAGGCGGGGAAAGACAGUCGGCCCCUUCCGUGAGCGCAGGCCGGCGAUGGAAACC